GCCGACGAAGCGCCGCGCAAGCCCGCCAGGCAUAGAGUAGGGGGCUGCCCCGCCAGGCAGGAUGGCGAACCAGGCGGCGCCGCCGGCCUUCAAGGACCUCACCGAGUCCGAGUACCAGAAGGUCGUGUCGAAGCCGGUAGUCCAGUCCUGCGACAUGGUGCCCGCGGAGCAGGCGAACGAGGCUGUGGAAGUGAUAAGUAUGGCGGUCGACAAGCACGUUUCCACCGGAAACUACGAGGCCAUGUGCAAGAUCGUCAAGGAGACGAUGGACCGGAAGUACGGGCCCCAGUGGCACUGCGCGAUCGGCGAGGGGUUUGGAUUUGACGUCACGUACCAGCAGCCGAACAUGAUCUACGUCUACUACGGCAAGAUCGGCAUCCUGCUCUUCAAGUGCUAGGCGUUUUUAUAAAGGCGUGUGGAUUUUU